AUGUACAACGCCCAAAUCCAUACUUCGACUUAUUCAGCCCACUCAGACCCCGAUGGCUUCGAAAACACGAGUCCUCAGUCUAGACCAUGGUACCAAAGACGUGUAUGGCGGACCGCUGUCCUUUGGGCAGCGGUGGCUACUACACUUGUCGGCUUACUGAAUUUGAGCAUCACUAUAUGGGCCCUCGCCGCACAUGACAUUGUCAAUGGCAACGGCUUAUUGUAUUUAGGUUCGUGCCAUACGGUCAAGCAGCUCAACAUUGGCAUCCAUUUUGUUAUCAACCUUUUCAGCUCGGUCAUCCUGAGCGGAAGCAACUUCACCAUGCAAUGUCUGGCUGCACCCACAAGGGAAGAAAUCGAUGAUGCGCAUGCCAAUGGAUCCUGGUUAGACGUCGGAGUUCCAAGUAUUCGCAACCUCAAACGCAUCGCAAAAACAAGAGUGUACUUUUGGAUACUUCUUGGAGUGUCAUCAAUACCGCUACAUCUUUUUUACAACUCUGUCGUCUUUACAACACUUUCUGCCAAUCAGUACAAAGUUUAUGCCAUCAACGAAGCUUGGCUGUCAGAUGGGCCCUCACCCCCGACCUUGGACGUCAAGUAUUACGAUAUUCUUAUGGCUGAAUUUGAGGUGGAACAUAGAUUGUUCGAGGAAUACCAGCAGGGUCGACUAGAGCGCCUCGAGUCCCGAGAAUGCAUUGAUGCAUAUAUGCUUCCGUUCGUCUCGAAUCGUGCCAACGUUCUCAUCGUUACUGCAGAUACUCCAUACAACAUUACCAGGGAUGCAGAAGUUUUCUUUGCAUCUGGAGGGGGUGCCAUCCAUAUAACCGGAGGGAUGGACGCCAGAAAUCUUGACCCAUACCCAUGGAUAUGUGGCCAGUCGCGCUCAAAAAACACCUUCUGCCACCCAGAAUCACUGGGGCUUCUAAAAGAUUCGGCGAAGUGGGAAAUUGGGAAUCGCACAGUGAAGUAUUGCCUUAGCCGAGGAACGGAUGAGAACUGCAAAUUGCAGCUUAGCGCGACCAUCGCGAUUAUCGUCACUGUGCUCAACUUCGUCAAGGCGGUAUUGAUGUUUGCAGUCUGUUUUCGCAUGCAAGAGCGGGGUAUAAUGAAUGUUGGAGAUGCCAUCGCCAGCUUCUUGGAGAAACCAGCCGAGAUGACCGAGGGUUCUUGUCUGCUAUCUGUGGACGAUCUGAAACAGAGCAACAUAGGGCAUCAGAAGGUUUUGGGCCCACGCCCGUUCCACGGGGAAAGAAAGCGCUGGUUUGCGGCUGUGAGUCGCCGCCAGCGCCUAGCCUUCUACCUCGCGAGUCUUCUCGGUGUCGUUAUAUGUACCAUCCUUCUCGUAUAUGGAGUUUUUACUAUGCCUGGCGCUGCGCCCUCUGCUAUAUGGUCGUUCGGGUUUGGGCAGGCUACCCAACAUACUCUUAUGACGUUCCAGGGCGUCCGGCGCCGCAUGAUUACGGUGUCAGGCAUCUUAGCAAACGUUCUUAUCGCCAAUUCGCCUCAGGUCAUCCUCUCCAUACUGUACUUUACUGGCAACGGGCUGCUCACUUCGAUGUUGCUAUCGCACGAGUGGUCCAGCUAUGCGCACAAGCGUAAGGCUCUGCGUGUCUCCUGUCGUCCAGAGGGGCAGCAACGCUCUUCCUACUUCCUUCAACUGCCCUGGCGCUACGCUAUACCUACGGUUACGAUAGGCAUCAUCCUGCAUUGGCUUGCAUCGCAGAGUAUCUUCAUCGUCACAGUCGAACAGUGGCAGGAGUCGUACGAGACAGGUGCUUGGGAGCACGAUGACUUUUGGGACUUUGCCACGUGCGCAUACUCACCUCUAGCCCUUCUCAUCUUUAUCUGCGCCGUCGCUGCCGCCUUGCUCGUUAUAUUUGCUCUUGGUUUCCGUCGCUUCAAAUCCGCCAUGCCUGUCGGGGCCAAUUGUAGCUUGGUCGUCGCGGCCGCGUGUCAUCCUUGCGGUGUGCGGCCGGAGCCUGAAUUGCGAGCCCAAUACCCGUUGCAGUGGGGCAUCGUUGGGGUUCCAGAGAUCUCGGGCCACCAAGGCGGGGUACAUAGAUGUGCUUUCUCAAGUCAAUCUGUCGAGUAUCCAGCUCACGGAACGAUGUGUGGUUAA